AUGGGCUCUAACGGCGAAGUAUUCUUUGCGCAAAACAAUGAUUUUUGGGAGAACUAUCUCAAGGGCCGUCCAAGACCCCCUGAUGCUUUCUUUGAUCGAAUCUUCGCCUAUCAUCAAACUCAAGGCAACGGAAAUUUUGGCACUGUGCAUGAUGUAGGCGCUGGAAACGGCCCAUAUGCACAAAAGCUGAGAACCAGAUUUUCUCAUGUCAUCGUCUCGGAUAUCGUUCCUAGGAACGUGCAACUGGCCCAGCAUCGCCUUGGAACGAAUGGAUUCAGCUAUCGCGCCGGCAAAUUGGAGGAAGCGGAUGAUAUCGAGGAAUCCAGCAUCGAUAUGGUUUUUGCUACGAACGUGAUGCACUUCCCUGCCGACCAGGAAGCGACCAUGGCGGCGGUCGCCAGACAAUUGAGACCCGGUGGAAGCUUUAUUUGUAGCGCAUUUGGUACUGCUCGUUUUUUCGACGCGAAAGUGCAAGAUAUAUGGGCUCGUAUUAACUACCAAGGGGGACGUCUGCUCCUGCGGAAAGCUGAAAGCCCCGAACAGACCAUGGCUAUCCUGGCAAGAACCGACGGCCAUUACAACGUGGCGCCCCUGAGCCCAGAUCUUUUUAUCCCGGGCGCUAAAAGGUAUCACUUGAAUAUGACUCAUGGUGGAAACAUGGCUCUCAUUCCGCCAGAGCAAGAAAAUCAGGAAACUCAACCUGGGUAUACCGGUCCAGAUGAUGAUGAGAUAUUUCAAGACGAAGAAGGCUGGAGCUUCAAUGCAGAUCUGGAAGGAGUUAAGGAACACUUUAAUUCGUUUCCUUUUGUGUCUGAGGAUCCGUCGAGUUUUGCAGAUUUGUUUCGGGAGUUGGAGGAAGCCAUGGCAGGCGGUAAAGUCGUCCAAGGCUGUUGGCCAGCUACAAUCAUUCUCGCCACACGCCAAUGA